UUUAUGUUUUCAAAAAAUUUUGUCGAAGGAAUUUUUUUGUCGUUAAAAAUUUCUUAUUUGAUUUCCACUGUGAUUAAAACGGUCCCAUUUAUUACGAAGUGAUUUUGAGAAUAUUUGGAAACGUUCCUUAUUACCUAUUACGCUGAUCCUUCACAAAGUGUUGUUUAUCUCAUUACAGAUCACAGAAUCAUCAGGAUGACUUCUUUUUCUGAGCGUAUGAGGCUGCGUGCCAAAGCCUCAAGAGAAUCUAAGGACUUCGCCAGUGAAAAAUCAUUCAUGGAGGGUUUCCCAAAACCGCCAUCUCAGUUGCCAAAGUUGUUUGAAACUCCGAACCUCUCUACAAGAAUUCCAGUCGUAACAAAACCACAAGGCACUGAAAUUCUGAAACCUGUGCAUAACAAUCGACCACCGCCAGUUCCUCCAAAACCAGUCCCUGCCACUGUUAAAGAGGAAGGAAAAGUUCCAUUAAAAGAAAUCAGCAUCAACAAUCGACCACCGUCAGUUCCUCCAAAGCCAGUCCCUGCCACUGUUAAAGAGGAAGGAAAAGUUCCGUUGAAAGAAAUUAGCAUCAUGAACAAUACAUUGUCUCCUCCUAAUGUUUUUUCAUCAGUGAAACCAGUUUAUGUUUCUCCACCAAAACCCGGUCAUCUGUAUCCUUGCCUCUCUGGCAUGGAAGUGGAGACUGACUCAGAGGCACUUUCUUCAGAAGAAAAUCCUUCAACAGAAGAGAGGACUGACUGCAAUGAAAAUUUAGAUGCCAGCAUCAGUUCUUUAUCAAGCGAAAGUAGCGCAGAAAAUUUCAAUAUUGUCAAUAUGGACUCAAGUGUUAACUGCACACCAAAUACCUUAAAGCGACGAAGCGAUAGCAGUAGCUCAUCAAUUGAAAGGCAUUCAAUUUUGAAAGAAAUGGAUGCAUUUUUAGAGAACGCUCUCUGCAGUGACACUUCCUUUGGCCCAUCUCCAGCCAAGUCAAUCUGCAAUGAUUCUUUGGAGACCUCUAUUUCUACCAGUUUUACUUACCAAGUAGGAAGUCCUGUCAAAGCUGUGACCGUACAAGACACAGUGCCGGCCCUUUCUCAUUCUGUCAGCUUCUCCCAGACGAGGAAGAAUUCAAUAAAUUCUCCUGCGCCUGCUAGAAGUGAAACAACAAGUCCAUAUGUGCGGGCACCAAUCGCUGAGGAGUUACACCAGUCAGAAGAUACCUCCGAAAUGAGCAUAGCAUCGCAAAUCAAGAAGUUCGAGUCACUGGUCAAGGCUCAAGAGAACAUAAUAUCUCAAGCAGCAGGAGCUCUAUCCGUUUGCUUUUCCUCAUCUGAGUUCACGAAUUCCACUCAGCGAGUUGAAGCAGAAAGGCUCUUACUAUUGGCCAGUCAUAAGAAAAAAGCCAUCUCGAACGAAAUUGAAAAAUUGAAGGCCAGUCAAAACAAGUAUUUGAAACCUGUUAUCAGCAAUAGUUCUUUAACACUCUCUGAUAUUUGUUUGCCUAUCAAGUUAGAUUUGAUCCACAGAGCAGCAAAAGCAAAUAUUUGCCAUCACCUAGUUGUAAUUGUGAAGUCAAAUGAGCAUGUCUUUGGCACUCCCCUCUUUAUUGCGACUGCGGAAAAUCUUCUCCAAAACUCAAGAAAAACGGUUUAUGUCAAAUUUCCUCAUGAAAUUACCAUACCCAACAUUACUCCCGAUUUCAAAGUUAUCAUUGAAGUAUACGAUUUAGCUGUUCCAGCAACUCCCUCUAAUGGUAAAGCUUCCUCCUCUACAAAAAAGGAAAGCUCCAAACUAUGGAUCACCCCAAAGAAAUCUAAACCUGCUUCAAAACUUCGCAAAGUUAUCUCUCGUAGUCUGCUAAAAUCAUCCAAUUUCAAAAUAAUUGGGUCUGGUGUUUUCACGCUGAAUGAUGUGAAGUCCUCUAAAAUUACACUUACAAAAAUGUCGGUGCCGAGUCUGCUGGAAGGAACGCUCUGUUUUCGAUCAAAUUGUGAUGUGACAGCUUCUGUAGAAUUUCGUGGUUUUUUGACCAUGUUUGAUGAUAUCUCUGGUUUUGGUGCCUGGCAUCGAAGAUGGUGCCUGUUGAGCGGUAACCAACUAUUAUAUUGGAAGUAUCCAGAGGAUGAAAACACUAAGAAGCCAAUCGGCUCCAUCGAUUUGACCACAUGCAUUUCAAGGAACAUCUCAGCUGCUUCUCGUGAAAUUUGUGCUCGCAAAAAUACUUUUCUAAUGGAAUGUAUCCGUCCCUCAAAACCUGAUGAUGUAGAUUCUCAUAUUCUAACUGUGAAAGGCCAGCAAACAAUUGUGCGUUUCCUCCUCUCUGCUGACACACAAGCAAGCCGGAAUGAAUGGUGUGAUAAUUUAAAUCAGGUUCUUUCAAUCAUUCAUCAGUGGAACUAGUAAUAGAACCAUAAUCUCCCUAUGGGAAAGAGAGCUGUGAAUUGUUAAAUACAUAUAAAAUAUUAGUAUUUACUCAAAUAUUAUUUGAUUCGUUAAAAUAAUACUCAGUAUAGUUUUAUGAUUUAUUUUUCAUCCUAUGAUAUUUUUUCAUCAUUUCUGGUGCUCCUGUUUUUAUUUGGUAACCUUUGAUGAUCACUGACCAAUUUUAAUUUUUAACUUUCAAGACAAAUGAUCUAUGUGCUCCGGAAAGUAAUUAAGAAAAAGUUGAAAAGGCAAAAUGUAAAGCCUCAAAUUGUAAUCAAAAACUUGUAAAAUUAGUAAGUUAGUGCUUUGCGCGGGGCAGCUAUUUGCUUACAUGAUGUCAGAUUCAGUUGCACACAGAGCAACCAAUCAAUUAAAUCAAGUGUUUUCCUUGUGCAUUUUAGAUAAUAUUGUAUUACCCAACCAUAGUGAUGUUUUUCUUCGUUUUUCACACUUGCAUCUUUUAUAAUACCUCCCUGUUACUGUUUUGAUUUUGACAGAAUGUUCUUUGUUCAUAACAGUAUUCUUAAGAGUCAUGUGGCUCAAUAUUAUACAAUUUUAUGAUAGUAAAAUAUUAAAAUAUUAUUAUAAAUUUUAGUCGAAAGGCACUGAAUUGAGUUUUUCUUAAAUGAGCUUGUUUAAAGAAUUUUAAAUUUUGUAUUUUGAAAAGUAGGAAGUGCUUUUAGUUGUCAGAAAUUUUCCUGUAUUCACCUGUAAUUCCUGUAAUUUUACAUUACAAACUCACAAAAAUCGAGUUCAAAGUUGCGGCUUAUGAGCUUUCAUUUAAACCUGCAUUAUUGAGAAAGCCAGGAUGGUGUCCAAAAAUAUCGCUCCGGCUCUGUAGCCAGAUGGGGACCUCUGCCGCAAUCUAUGGUCCAUGUAGACUUUAUCAAUUCAUGUAUGUAUAAUUAUUAAUGGCCACUUUGGCAUCAAUCCGGACAAGAGAGGAGGAGGAAUAUUGAACGCCAUCUUAGCUUUAUUAGCUUUGCGCGCUCAAAUAGGAGCUCAAAAACAGCAAAAAAGUCGAUCAUGUCCAAAAAAGCCAGAAAAAUCCUUUUCGAAACUGCUAGAAUAUCAAUCAAGAUCAUUUUGUGAUACUUAUUCAUGCUGGCUUUGCAUCUCACUAAGGUUUUCAGUUUUAUCUUCAUUGACUUUCCUCAUUAUGUGUAAGCUGAGUCUAUGCUAGAUAAGUUUAAACACUUUAAAAGUGAAACAGAAGAUUUACAUAUAUCAUUCAGAUUCUUGAAUUUACACUCAAUGCUAAGCAGAAAAUAGCAGAUCUUCUUUUUUAGU